AAAAAAAACAACAACAAAGCAAAACAAAAAAUACCCCAACACAGGAACAAGUCAGCAAAAGACCUUGGAGAAUUGGAGGAGACAGCAUGUUGAUUAGAGCUGAGUUUAAGAGACAAACCUGACUGUAAAUGAGAGAGAGGCGGACAGAUAGACUGAGAGAUAUAUAGACGCUUAGCUCAGGCAGAAAAAAGACUAACACACUCACCUGCAGCCUGGUAGAUUGAAAAAUUGAGAGACAGCCAAGAGUUCGGUGUACUGGUCAUGGCUGUAGGCCUGCUGCUGGGAGGAUAGAGUUCAGUGCAGUGCAGUUUCCUAAACCUUUAUCUAUCCUCUUUGAACCUGACCCCAACCCCAAAUCAGUGUCUCAACCCAAAAAGAGCUGUACACCUUUCGUGCUCCUCUUCCUCUUAGCCAUCACUAUAUUCCCAGAGUUGUGUGUAUUCAGCAGUAGCAACACUGUCAAAAGACAGUUAAACUGUCACAGAGUAGUUGACCAGUCAGCUGUGUACUUAGAGAGCUAGCGUGACUGUACGACAGUCGCACACUGCAGAAUUUGACAGACGGCGGCCUUUUAUUCCUCCACAUGGACUGUUGAUGAAGAAAGAUGGCAGUGAGACUGGCAGGUGCCUCCCCUUCCUCUCGGCCACCCUCCCACCCCCCAGCGGCCGCGACUCGGACUGGUUAAGGUUUGUCCAUUGGCUUCCAUCGCAGCAUCGGCAGCAGCUGGCAGAGUGCGGGAAGGAGCAGUAUGCAGGAAACUGACUUACCGGCCACAAAUGCAUUUAAAGAGUGCAAGUUCCACUGCACCAAUGGGAAUUGUUUGCGUCUGGGCUCGCUGAUCUGCAACCAGCUGAAUAACUGUGGGGACAACAGUGAUGAAGAGAACUGCCCUGUGGUCACUCAGCACCCUCCACCAGGCAUCUUCAACUCUGAGCUGGAGUUUGUUCAGAUCAUCAUCAUCAUUGUGGUGAUGACGGUGAUGGUGGUGGUGAUCAUCUGCCUGCUCAACCACUACAAGCUCUCCACCUGGUCCUUCAUAACGAGGCAGAGCCAGGCCCGAAGACACGACCAUACCCUGCAGCAGGAUGGGUGUCUGUGGCCUUCAGACAGCGGCUCUCGACAAGGCGCCUCGGAGGUAUUAUACGCUCCCCAGGCCCGGGAUCGAUUCACCACUCCCUCCUUCAUGCAGCGCGACCGCUUCAGCCGUUUCCAGCCCACCUACCCCUACCUGCAGCAUCAGAUCGACCUGCCGCCCACCAUCUCGCUGUCGGACGGUGAGGAGCCCCCGCCGUACCAGGGGCCUUGCACCCUGCAGCUCCGCGACCCCGAGCAGCAGAUGGAGCUCAACCGCGAGUCUGUGAGGGCACCGCCCAACCGGACCAUCUAUGAUAGUGACUUGAUCGACAUGGGAGGAGGUGGGAGCCUUGGAGGGGUGGGGGGAGGAGGGGGAGGAAUGGGAGGAGGCGGACCAAGGCCGCCCAGCAGUAACUCGGGCAUCAGUGCGGCCAACUCCAGCAGCCACGGGCGCAUGGAGGGCCCCCCGCCAGCGUACAGCGAGGUGAUGGGUCACUACCCCGGCUCAGCGUUCUUUCUACACCAGCACAGCAAUAACCAGAGGGUGGGGGGGCCGGGGAGCAGGACGAUCCAGCAGCAGAGCCAAUCAGAAAGCACAAUAGUACCUGCCAAGGCCAAGGACGGCCAACCAGAGGACCUGGUGUGAAGAAAAGGGUAGGGGGGCAGGUGGGGCCACCCACCCCAGACUGAAAACUGUCUCUCCUCUUCACCCUGACCACCUGCGAGCAGUGGUCUCUCUCUCUCUCUCUCUCUCUCUUUCUCUUUCUCUCUCUCUCUCUCUCUCAUGUCUUCUCUCCACACUCCCAUGCACAAAUAAAUAUCAAAUUUAGCUACAACAAAACAAGGAAAGAGAGGAACCAAGAGUUGAAUUCAUUUCAGUUUCUUUCCAGUGGUAGAAGUUCAAACAGCUAGCACUGCUGGGGCAGGAUGUAUGCACUGCGCUGAGUUUUUAUUUUCCUCUACAUGAGAAAGAAACAUACUGCUAGCACAGAUUGAAACAAUUUACUUUUUUUUGUCCCCUCGGGUGACAGCUCUGUCCCUGGGAACUGAGGAUGAUGUUUUCCUUUUUUUUUUUGUUUUUGUUUUUGUUUUCUUUUGUUUCCUUUUUUUCGGACCGGGAUCUGUGCACAAAGCGAGAACUGAGAAUCAAGGACUUGCAGAGAACACAACUAAACAAGAGACUCACAAACCCAAAUCUUAGUGCCAAGGUUCACGAGGAAGCAAAGCGGGGGGUGGGGUGGGGUGGGGGGGUGACUUGUUUUAACAUUCAAAACACAAAAAAGAAAAGUUAUCUAAAAGUUGCACUAUCUUUUUGUUGUUAAAGAGUAGAGGGAAAUUAUGCUAUGUGAUGAUAUUGAUGAUGAUGAUGUGUUUGUUUUUCUUUUUUCGUCCUUUUCAUGAAUGGACUGACUGACUGAACUUUGGCUCCAAAGUUGUUUAAACAGUUGGGAGCAAAAAAAAAAAACAAAAAAAAACAAACAAACAAACAAGUAUUAUAAGCUUGUGCCCUUCCUUUUUUUGAAAACCGCAAGAAAAACUCGUACCCAGCCUGCAGCAUCUCUGUCUGCUCACACCACAGGCACAGUGAGACUUAGUAAGAGAAUAACCUUGCUCACGUCUGUGUACACUUCAGCCUAGUGGAGAAGAAAUCUGCCUUGUGAACAGCUCCUGGGUGGACCAAACCUUUCUUACUUUGUCUGGGGUGUUUUUUUAUUUGUUACAAAAUUUGGAGAUGGCUUUCCCAAACCAGUAGUAGUUCCUAGGACACCUCUUUGGCAAGAUGCACCAUGCUAACAUUUCUGGAUAUCAAAUUACCUUUGAAUAACGCAAUGCUAUAACAAAUAAAACAUAUCUUACAGUCCACCCAGUAGCCCAAUCACAGCAGAUUCUUCACUUUUCAGCUCUGUCCUGACCUCUGAGCACCUGACAUUUCCUCUUUCCUGUUUCCUGCGUCCACCCCCUCUCCUCUCUUUCUUCUCACCGCUCAUUUCGACAUGCACAGUGCAUUCUGCCAACAGCCACACUGAACACGAACCCCGCCGCCAUGACAGUGAUAACACAAACAAAAACAACAAAAAAAAAGAAGGCUCAGCUCUCCGUCUUCACGUCUCUAAAGCCACAAAAAAUAACAACAACAAAAAAAAACAACCCCAAGAUGACACAAAGUGAAGAUUCCUGUCUGCAUCCGCCAGCGCAGCGAUCAGGUUUUAAGUGAAAACUGUCUGUGGUCAAAGUCAAAGGGCUAUGGGAGGGUCCUUUUUUGUAAAAGAAAACCUUUUUGAAAAUUGAGCCUUUUUCUCUGCUCAUCGUUGCCUUCUCCUCUGCUCUUGCGCUUUCUGUCUCUCUAUUUUGUUUUGCUUUCAAUGCCAGUGCCCCCCCCCCCCACGAUAUCCUUCAUCCCAGCUUUCUUACAGUGUCUCUGGUAAACGCUGUCCAUCAUCCCUCCCUCCAUCCGUGUGCAGAAAAAGUGCGUUCAAAUGAUGCAGAGUCCGCCAAGCCCUUUAAAGUGGAGACUGGAGUGGAGCCCUUGUUUGGCAGUGUGCUAGUGCAGUCCUCUCCUCCCUGUGUGUGUGUGUGUGUGUGUGUGUGUGUGUGUGUGUGUGUGUUGGUUAGACCUUUUAACAACACAGAAAAGCACUUAAUGCUCCAUCAGGAGCAUUGUGUGUGUGUGUGUGUUUGUAUGUCUGAGUGACUUAUUAGAGUUGUCUGUUUAGAGAUUCAAAGACAUGUUACUUAUUUGGCACUGUCCAUAUUAAUCACUGAGCAAGCUUUCAUUAAAGCUGGAGGUGCAUGAUGGUCGUUAUCUCGGUACAGAAGCCCACAGAAGUCGCGACCAGUGAACUGCACUGCUUCCAUUAAAGUUGCACGUGGUAAACUUUCUGGACAAAAGUAAUACAUUGCAUUUACACAUUGUGUCCCAGAUUCAUACUUCAGACUGAUUCUCAGCAGAUUUAGAGUAUGUGGUGCAUCCAUGCUGCCAACUAUUAAACCACAUAGCAGAAUGUGGUGAGACCGCUCAAGGAAGAUCUGAGAAAAUAAAAUAGAAGAUACUGCAACUCUUUAAAACCUUCUCUUUGAGGAGAUGAAAGGAUGGUGUGCUAUAUAGUGUUCUAUAUAUUUUUUGUCAACUUCAUCUGCUGAGGCAGGUUGUGGAAAACAGUGGAAGAAAGUAGCAAGUGGACCUUGGGUUAUGUUCCCAAUGCAACAAACUUAAGAAAUACUCAGCUGGCCACUGUAGUUUAGUAUAUGUUAUGGAGCUGGGACACAGGUGAUGCUAUUUAAUCCACGAUUUCCCUGGACUGAAUUCCUUUUAUACUUUGCAACAGUCAGAUAUCCUCUGCUGGCACUAGUUGCAGUCAAAGUGUGAAGUUGCCUAAUGCAGCCUUAAUGAGUAUGUGAAGACAUCCUGUGAUAUCAAUGCAACAGAACGACCAUAUGCUGAGCUGAGUUCCAGUUUAAACAUUACACUAGGAACCUGGAACUGUUCCUGCAGAUGAGAAAGAACCAAGUGAGCGAUCCCCUCCUUGUGUACUUGGAGCUCACAUCUGACUUCACAGCAUUCAGUUUGAAGGAAGGCACUGUUGGCAUCAGUGUGUUUGAAUGUAUGCAUGUGUCCCGAUUGUGUGUUUCUGGUCAGUGUGUCCAUCUGGCCCUACAGUUUGUGUGUGUGUGUGUGUGUGUGUGUUACUACAUCGCUGCUGCUACUGCUGUUGCUGCUGCUACUGCUACUGCUACUAUUGUUGCUACUGCUGCUUCUGAUCCCCCACCCACCAGUCCUCCUCUGUCCUUCUGUCCAUGCUGUCCCCUCAACUCAUGCAAAACUAGAAGGAGAGAUAUAUGACCCUCUGCAGUCAAAAGCACAAUUGUUGCGACAACAUUUGGCUUGUAUAAAAACAAUUUCAUUUUGUUACACAGAGACAUGGGGGGUGAGUCCAUUGUGAAAAGGUUGUCCCAACACUUCUGCCUAUGGCUGUAUAGACCUGCUUCAAACCUGCUUUUCUUUCCUCUUUUUCUUCUUUCUGUUUUUUCUUUCUCUCGCCUUGUUCUGUCUGCGCAGUCAUAGCUUGUAAAUUGAGGAUAUAAAGAUGAAUUUUAUGUUUUCUACAAGGAGGUUUGCAUGUUACUAUUAUGUGAGUAAAUAAGGUGCCUAAUGUUCAUGUUUGAGCAGACCACACCUCAGUCAAACUGCUGCUUGGAGUCCUUGCAGGUGCUUCAUGUCAGACUUGACCCCCCCCUGUCUGGCAGAACGGAACAGAAAUUCACAGGAAACGUUUGCCAAGGCAAAGAUCAUUUCUGUCUUUUUGUGAACAGAUGUCACAGCGGUGACUUGCUUUCUGAUCUUGGUUUCUCAUUCAGCUUUUGAGCUCCUGUUUGAUUACAGACUGAAUCUGAUCCUGCAGUGACGUAGACAGAAACCACCUUUAACUCAAGUCCCCAUCAAACUGUACAUGUGAUGGCCACAGGACCAGCGAUCUAGCAGAACAGCAGCUGCCUCUGAACUGCAGCUCAACCUUGACCAUUUUUAGAUCUGAGGUCCAGUUCACCGGCAUGGUUUGUGAGCACGCUCGCCGGCGUGCUCGCUUCCCUCAUGCCAGACAUGGGCGGUCAGUACCGGCAAAGCGACUGCAAAGCCUUUUUGACCAGUAAUUUGACCAGCGUGUGGAGCAGACAUAGGAACCCACUUGCACUCAAAAAGCUCCCACCUUCGUUGUGCCUCACUUCCAACGGUGCUUUUUUCAGUAGUCUGUCUUUCUUUAUGUUUGUUUGUAAGGUGCUGUAUAUAACUUGAAUAUAUUAUGCACAUAUCCUACCCAAUGGGUAGAAACCACAAAAAAAUGUUGUGAAUAAUGUAAUAUAAUGUAUAGACAAUAUAAGAAUUUUAAGAAGGCAGCAUCAAAUUUGUAAAUGCCUACGGUUAAAAACGUGCUUUGUCUUUUUUUUUUUUAUGAGAAAACAUGGUUUGCAAAGUAUGCUUAGAAUAUGGUUGCAACACAAAUACAAAUUACUACUUAUAAUAUUUUGCUAUAAAUAAUAGUCUGUUAUGAUAAGGAUGAGAUAACCUCUGGAUUACGGAAGAUGUUGAGAAAGAAUAUUAUUCACUUGUUUAUCGGAUCAUCUAUAAACAAGCUCUCACAGUGCUUGCCAUCAUUUGGGUACUGGCUGGUGGUUUUAUUUUCACCACAAUCGGCUAGCAAGUGUAUAGUUGUAUAACACAGAUCUUUUUAAGAAAACAUAUUCACAUCAGUUGGUGUUGAUGCCACGACUUCAGCCGAGUCCCGGUUGAAUUUCAACUCGCUUUGUAAAUCCGUAAACAAAAAGCCGAAGCUGUCUAGUUGGGGAGACGCGUCACAUGACUGCUGCACACCAGAGCUGUCAGCACUUCCAGUUAAGGAAGUAUAUGUGUCUGUACUCGUAGAUUAUUUUAAUUCAUUUUAACUGUAAUUUUGUAUAUCUGCCAAAGUAUAAAUCUGUCGACUCGAGCACAUUCAGCGCUGCUGCAGCUCAGGCUGCAUGUUGGGCUCUGGUUAAAGCAUUUCAGCUCCAUUACAGGAGGAUUUUGAUCACAUUAAUGUUGAAUGGGAAGAGUGUAAAACAUUAAAAGGAAUAAUUCUCAUUCCCUUUUUUGGUCAAGAUUGGAAAGUUGCACCAGCUUGGAAACGAGUGGGGAAAAAAAAUGCCGUUGAAACUGUCAUUUAACUUUUUUCUCUUUAUUACUUACUAUUUUUUUUUUUUUUUUUUUUUUUUAACUUUCUACAUUACAAUGUUAUAUGUGGAGCAGUAUAUUGAAACAGAAGUCAUGUUUAAUCUGAAGUCAUUUAUUUACAGUAUGUACUGAAAAAAAAAAUACUCAUAACACUGUACAAUAACCGCAGAGCAUGUUCAUUCUUAUCUAUAGACAAUGUACAUAGCAAUGCGCCAUUUUCUCUUCAAAGCACCAAAUAAGUGGCAGUUGUGUAGUUUUAAUUUGGAAAAGUCUCUAUUGUAACUUUGGCUGGAGCGCCGCUCAGCUCUCCUUCUUAGUAGACCUUUUCUUCGUUCUUUUUUUUUUUUUUUUUUUUUUUUUUUUUUUGUUUCCUGCUCUAGCUUGAAAAACUAACUUGGGCUCAGACUGAUCUUUAUUUGAUUUCUGCCCCCGCAGCGCGUUCCCUCUCUCCACUUAUCAGAAGUCUGUACUCAACUGCUGACAACAAGUAGCUGUUUUUAUCGUUCCAGAUUUUAAUAAUAAUGAUGAUAAUAAUAACAAUGAUAACGUCUCAACAGUUUGGUAUUCUCUCUGUCUUGACAGUUACCAUAGGACUGCUUCCAUCAUGGGUUUUGUAACAUCAGUUUGCUUUAUUUACAAAAUGAAUCCUUCUCGUUCCCCUCCCCCCUCUGUGCUGAAAUUUAGAUAUAUAUAUGACUGUAUUCAAGAAUUAUACAGUAUGUAUAUAUCCAAACGCGGAGGUAAAAUUGUUGUGUAUUUUUGCCUCUUUUUAUUUAAGCAAUUGUGAUGUAAUAGGUUUUAGGCCUAAGGUCUGUUAUUGCAAUACUUUUACAGAAAAGAAGAAAAAAAAAUCAAAAAAUGUUGCUCUAAGUGCUGUUGUAGUCAAAGAUUUUAUGCUUGUACUUAUGCUGUAGUCAAACUGCAGCGUAAUGAAUAAACUUUAAAAGUGA